UGAGUGCGUCGACGUCUGUUGGCUUUAUUGUCGUUCUCGUCAACAUCGCUGGCUAAAAAAUUUUGGAAGUAUUGUUGCCGAAAGUCAACAUCAGUCAGAGCCCAAACUCAGACCGUUAAGGACGUAUCUUAUCGAAAGUUUAUUGUCUGCUUGAUUUCCUGUGAAUCUCACAUAAAGACCCCAAAAUGAGUUCCACAAUUGAUGAAGAUCUUACACCCGAGCAAAUUGCUGUUUUGCAAAAGGCUUUCAACAGCUUCGAUAGCCAAAAGAGCGGCAGCAUUUCCACUGAAUUGGUGGCCGACAUCUUGCGUUUGAUGGGUCAACCUUUUGAUAAGAAAAUCCUUGAAGAACUGAUUGAAGAAGUCGAUGAAGACAAAUCCGGCCGCUUGGAAUUCGAAGAGUUCGUUCAAUUGGCAGCCAAAUUCAUUGUUGAGGAAGAUGCUGAAGCCAUGCAAAAGGAGUUGCGUGAAGCCUUCCGUUUGUAUGACAAACAAGGCAAUGGUUACAUUCCCACCACCUGCCUUAGAGAAAUUCUCAAGGAAUUGGACGAUGCCCUGACCGAACAAGAAUUGGACAUUAUGAUUGAAGAAAUCGAUUCCGAUCGCUCUGGCACCGUUGAUUUUGAUGAAUUCAUGGAGAUGAUGACUGGCGAAUAAGCUGAACACCUACAUACCAAACAACCAACCAACCCACCCACCCAUCAAAACAAUCUAGCAAACACACAAACUAACAUCUUCUACAAACAUACAGAACACCUGUAUUAUUUAGCUUUUUCUAUUCGGAAUUAAAAGUUUGUUGUUGAUCAGUGCUGCAGUCCAUGGUGUCGUCGUCGUGUUAUGUUUCAAAGACAUACGUAAAUUGGAUGGAUGAUGGAUAAAUGCUGGAUCGACCAUCACCAGCAAUAUCGCUUUCAGUCAGUCCUCUUUUUUGUGUUUUUUAAAUAUUUUGCAGUUUUCAAAUAUGAAAUUAUGCAUUGUUAGGAUUUUUGAUACUAAAAUAUAAUAACAAAACCAAAGAACUUAAAAUAUUCAAGCCAUUGAAGCCUAUGUGAAAAGUUGUACCAUUAACCAACCAUCAUACGUUAUUUCAUAUUUUGUCAUUUUUUUUAUAAAAUAAAUUUAAAAAGGAAACAAAACAA